GUCGGGUACUGGGCAUGCUCCGUGGCGCCGCAGGUUUUGGUCACAAGUAGGAAGCGGUUUCUGCACGACAACCGGCAAAGGGGAGAGGUUGCAGUUGCAGCCCCCGACGUCGGGACGCGGGACGGCUUGGAGCGGCUGCCGUGGCUGGAGGAGGACGUGGGUAAGGCGCAAGGAAGCCACCGGGGAAAGAGAAGGAAGAACAGAGGCAUCCUCCUCUGGAGCCUUCCUUCUCCUUCCCUCCCUCGUUCCCGUGGGUGGCCGGACGCCGGGGUCCCAUCACCUGGCCGGGAGGGGAGCCCGGGCCCGGGGCCCCAGCGCACGGAGCAGCAGCCCCAGCCCUGGUCCAGGAGCCGCCCGGCGAGGCGUCCGCUUUGCGUCCCUGCCCUGAUCGGCAGCCGCAGCCCGGGAAGAGGAGGAGGCGGCUGCGGCGGCCGCAGCAGCAGCACCGGGGGCAGCCAUGGGACUGCUGUCCCAGGGCUCGCCGCUUAGCUGGGAAGAGACCAAGCGCCACGCGGACCAUGUGCGGCGGCACGGGAUCCUCCAGUUUCUGCAUAUUUACCACGCCGUCAAGGAGCGGCACAAAGACGUGCUCAAGUGGGGCGAUGAGGUGGAAUACAUGUUGAUAGCUUUUGAUCACCAAAAUAAAAAAGUACGUGUGGUCCUGAAAGGAGAGGAACUCCUUGAAGCAUUGCAAGAAAGGGGGGAAAGAAAAAACCCAAACCAUCCAACACUUUGGAGACCAGAAUAUGGAAGCUACAUGAUUGAAGGGACACCGGGACAGCCAUAUGGAGGAACAAUGUCAGAAUUUAACACAGUUGAAGACAACAUGAGAAAGCGUAGGCAGGAGGCUUCAUCUCUUUUAAAGGAAAAUGAGGCUCUGUGCACUAUAACGUCGUUUCCCAGAUUAGGCUGUUCUGGGUUUACAGUACCAGAGUACAAACCUACACCGGUUGAAGAAGGUGCUUCAAAGUCCCUGUUCUUUCCAGAUGAGGCAAUAAACAAACAUCCCAGAUUCAGUACCUUAACAAGGAAUAUCCGACAUAGGAGAGGAGAAAAAGUUGUUAUCAAUGUACCAAUCUUUAAGGACAAGAAUACUCCAUUUCCAUUUGUAGAAACGUUUCCUCAGGAUGAUGAAGCCACGCAAGCAGCUCAACCAAAUCAUAUUUAUAUGGAUGCUAUGGGAUUUGGGAUGGGCAAUUGCUGCCUUCAGGUGACGUUCCAGGCUUGCAGUAUCUCUGAAGCCAGGUACCUCUACGAUCAGCUGGCUACUAUUUGUCCAAUUGUAAUGGCUUUGAGUGCUUCAUCUCCUUUCUACCGAGGCUAUGUGUCAGAUAUUGAUUGUCGCUGGGGAGUAAUAUCCGCAUCUGUAGAUGAUAGAACUCGGGAGGAGAGAGGAUUGGAGCCUCUGAAGAACAACAGCUAUAGGAUUAGCAAAUCUCGAUAUGAUUCGAUAGACAGUUAUCUCUCUAAAUGUGGUGAAAAAUACAAUGAUAUUGAUUUGACAAAAGAUAAAGAAAUCUAUGAACGCCUAUUAAAGGAAGGUAUUGACCAUCUCCUGGCCCAACAUAUUGCCCAUCUUUUUAUUCGAGACCCACUGACUUUGUUUGAAGAGAAGAUACACCUAGACGAUGCCAAUGAAUCUGACCACUUUGAGAAUAUUCAGUCUACAAACUGGCAGACCAUGAGAUUUAAGCCUCCUCCUCCAAAUUCCGAUAUUGGAUGGAGAGUAGAAUUCCGCCCAAUGGAGGUUCAGUUAACAGACUUUGAGAACUCUGCCUAUGUGGUGUUUGUGGUCCUGCUAACCAGAGUAAUCCUUUCGUACAAACUGGAUUUUCUCAUUCCUCUGUCAAAGGUUGAUGAAAACAUGAAAGUGGCUCAGAAACGAGAUGCUGUCUUACAUGGGCUAUUUUAUUUCAGGAAAGAUAUUUGCAAAGGUGGCACUGCUGUGGUAGAUGGUUGUAGUACAGCCCAGAAUGGUACGGAGACAGACACUGAAGAAUUCACAUUGAUGAGCAUAGAUACAGUCAUCAAUGGGAAGGAAGGUGUUUUUCCUGGAUUGAUACCAAUUCUAAACUCUUACCUGGAGAGUAUGGAAGUAGAUGUAGACACAAGAUGCAGCAUACUUAAUUACUUGAAGCUAAUAAAGAAGAGAGCAUCGGGAGAGCUAAUGACAGCCGCUCGAUGGAUGAGGGAGUUUGUCGCAAAGCAUCCCGACUACAAGCAAGACAGCGUCAUCACUGACGAAAUCAAUUAUAGCCUUCUUUGGGAAUGUAACAAGAUUGCAAAUGAAUUAAGCGAAUGCCCAGAGUUGCUUGGCUCAGGAUUUAAGAAAGCAAAAUACGGUGGAAAUAAAACUGGCUCUUCCAGUUAGGUGUUUUGCUGCCUGUCCCCACCCUACCCCAACCCUCCCUGCUCCAAAAAAAAAAAGUAGAACAUCUGAGUUAAUGUUAUUUGAGAAUUAGCUGCAAGACCAUGACCAUUGGCAUGGUGUGAAGACCAAAAUAGUGGUACUGUGCUCUCAGUUGGGCCAGUGAGCCUGAAAUCCACUUAAAGGCUUCCCAAAUGGAUAUAGAGUUUAUAUAGUAUACGUGUAUAUAGUGAAAUAUUUUUAUGGUCAACAAUGUAUUUUAAUAACAUUAUAUCUAAAGUCUUUGUGAACUGGCUUGUACAUUUUUUUUUUUAAAGAAAAUCCUGACUCUGGGAGGAGCUGCUGUCCAAAAUAGUUUGGUAAUUGUAAUGUACCGGUAUCCAUACAUUUUACAUGCAUUCCAGAGGUUGAGACGUUUACUGUACAUUUUGGUGGUGUUUUAAAGAAUCUGCCUUGUUUUAAAAAAAAGAGAAACAAAUUUCAUCUUUAGGACCUGAUUCACUUAAGGUUUCCCUUAUGUCACUUUAAUGAAGUCCAGACUUUCCUUUCUUCAUUGGUUUUGAAUCAGCUCGUUUGUUGGACACAUUAAAUCAUUUUUAUAAUUCCAAAAGGUCUUUACUUUGUAAUCUUUACUUCCUAGCAUCUUAUAUAUUAUGCUUCUUUUUCCUUUUUUGGAGGGGGGAAGGCAAAGCAAUUGGGGUUAAGUGACUUGCCCAAGAUCACACAGCUAGUAAAUGUGUCAGGUGUCUGAGGCCAGAUUUGAAUUCAGGUCCUCCUGACUCCAGGGCUGGGGUGCUACUCACUGCGCCACCUAGCUGCCCCAAUUAUGCUUCUUUUUAAAGGGAAUAGUUAAGCCAAGUGGUCACCCUUGAUCCAAACUUUCGGGACUAAAUAAAAUCCUGCUGUGGUCUAAUGGUAUUUAUAAAGGAACUUGUCCACUUUUAUUUUAAGCUUGCCAGUCUUUAAAGGCUUUAUAGAUUGAAAUUACAUAGACAUAAGGGUAUCAACUUGGUUUUUUGGGGGUAAUAAAACUUCUUUUAAAAAUUAUCCUUAAGCUUUUUUUUUCCUUUUUCUGUAAAUACUAAGAAGACUGGAAUUUAAAGUUGGGGCUGCCAAAUAAUUCUACACCUGAAAGGGCUUGGAUUUUUUUAAUCUGAGUGCCCACCUUGAGUUAUUCCUUUCUGUAGAUUUGCCAAUUAAAUAAAGCAUACGAUCCAACUGAAGGCUUAGAAUUCAUCAUUUGUCACUAGAGUUCUUGACUCUUGUCUCCUCCCUCCCCCAGUUCUCACUAGCCCCAUUUCCUAGUAAGCAUGUAAACAAAGCUUUGUCUUCUAAAAGCCAUUUGCCCCACAUUUUAGCUGGGGAAACAUACUAUGCACUGCUUACUUUCUAGAGGAAACUUCAGAAGAAAUCAUGGAAUGCACUAAGUUUGUGAAUCAGGACCCUAAAUGUUCAAUUGUAAAUAAUUUAAAUUUAAGAUAAUUGUUAGUCGUCAUGAGUUUAUUGUGGGGAUUUUUUAAAAAUAUAGUUAAAAUUCAUAAUUGCUUCUAAAAAUGACGAUGUAUUGUAGAUUAUGCAAAUCUUAAUACAAGCAUAACUAUUUAAGUCGUAAUGCUAAUUUUAAAAGAAAUUACAGUGAAGCUGCUCCUGGUAAAGCUGUUUAUGUAUAAAUAUUUGAAUCUGUGCUCUAUCCAUAGGUAUAAUGUAGAGGAUUAACAGUUCCCAUUUUCUUUUGCAACUGGCUUGUGCUAAUCAGGUUGUAAAUGACAGAUAAGUUUGUGGUACCAAAAAAACAAAUAAAAGAAUGGAAUUUGCAUAAUGUCACAUGA